AUGGAAUCGCCGGGCCCCUACCCCGAGUCCCCCAUGGACGAUGUGGAUGUCAUAUACCACUGCAAGGGCUGUGGCGAGAUUCUGGAAGAAGGCAAGGCCUUUGAACUUGCUGGGAACCGAUGGCACAUCGACUGCUUCCGCUGCAACACUUGCGGCACCCUGCUCGACUCGGACGCAAACCUCCUCCUGCUCGGCGACGGCUCCCUCAUCUGCAACAACUGCACAUACAGCUGCAACGCCUGCGGCAACAAAAUCGAAGACCUUGCCAUCCUGACCGGCGACCAGGCCUUCUGCGCCAGCUGCUUCCGCUGCCGGAACUGCAAGCGCAAGAUUGAAAACCUGCGCUAUGCCCGCACCUCGCAAGGCAUCUUCUGCAUGAGCUGUCAUGAGUCGCUUAUGGCACGGCGACGGAAAAAAUCCAAGGCUAACCGACAGCAGGCGCCGGAGAAGCAAACCCAGCCGCCAAUUGUCCUGGACAAGUCGCUUCCCGCCCUGCCGCCCAGCGCUCUUCCCCAGACCACCUCCUUUCCCUCCGAUCUCGAGACUCCGCCCGAAGUCGAGACUCCGCCAAACGCUUCGCCCAGGUCUCACCACAAGCCUAGCAGAGAUCAUCCUGCCAGUCUGCGCCAGGAGUCUUCUCCAGGCACACACGAUGAUCAUGAGGAACCGCAGAUGCUGCCUUCUACGACCUACCGCGAGAAGCGGAGGUCUGCGAUGCCCCCCAGGAGCAAGCGCGAUACCACCGGAGACAUGUUUGCGGACAUCCCUUUUGCUCUCGACCCCAACCCCGCACCCGGUCCUUCGCCACUUGCCGACAGCAGAGCUUACGACAAUGGGCGGGGGGAACAGCGGGACUACUUCAACGGUGGAAAACCGGGCACUGCCCACAGGGAUUUGCUGAAGGACAGCGCUUCGCGGUCGAGUUCCACGGAAAGGAGGAGCAAAUCCACGUCCAGCCCCCAUAUUGCGUACCAGGAUCGCGGCCGCGUUCCUUCGAGCGAACGCAUUUCGCGCAGAGAAACCACCUCUUCUGCCAAUGCUUCUCCCCAGAUUGGCUCCGACAGGCCGACUCGUCCGGCUCACAGCAACUCGACCCCCGCACCGCCGUCUCUCGGCGAGGGGUUCAAGUUGCAAGAAGUUCCAAAAUCAAAGAAGAAUGGGUCGAGAUCGACGUCGAAUGCGGACGUUCGCUCGCCCGAUGGUCACUCACUAUCAAGUGCCAUCACGUCGCCAGUUUCUGACGUCUCCAACUACACCCCAGGUUCGCAGGACUAUGAGCGCGGCGAUAUGCACCCGUUGGCGACUCCCUUCGGCGGCAAGGUCGAAAGACCCAAGAGAGGGGAUUCGCUUGCCGCAUCUCAGACGAUGCAGCAGCGGAAGGAGCAGACGGCUCCGCCUUCGCCUUCUACGCCGACUGGGCCCAAACACGAGCGCAAGGCCUCUGCUUCAUCCGCCUUGCAAAACCGGGACAUCAAUACUCUAGCACAGCUUAACGGUGGUCUGUCUAUUUCCAAGCCCACCGAGUCGCCUACUUCCAGAAGUGUUAUGGAUCCGCCGCCGCGCUCCGCUGGGCGGGUUGCUCAGCCCGGUGGAAAGGACUCUUCCGACUCGUUUACCGCUCCCAGGUCUGCUCCCGCACCUCCUCCUCAUAGUAGUGGUCACAAAACGGCUGAGUCUAUUAGCACUAUCAGUGAAUCCUCGCACCCGAUGUCGCCCGUCCUGCGCUACAGCACCGGUGGCGACUUUACGGUUGACGAGGACAUGGCUCGGAUCUUCCGAGACAAUGAAGGAGAGAAAGACCCUAACGUUCUGCGCCGAGUCUCGAAUGCGGUCAAGCACGGCCGUAGUUUCAGUGACCGCGGUUCUAGGUCUUCCCAGUCGAACAAGUGGAAAUCGCCGCUCAAUGGCUCGGUUGACAUUAGCAGCCCGACUUCAGGCUCCCCCGAGCAACACGACGACCCUGUCUGGUUGCGGAACCAGCUGCGCCACGCUCAGCAGCGCAUCUCCGAGCUCGAAUCCGAGAAGAGCGGUCUCCAGGAGAGGAGCAGUGACAUCAGACAGGUCAACAAUGAACUGCGCGACAAGAGAUCGACGAUUGCCGUUCUGGAUACGCAACGGGAAAUGGUUAUGCGCGAGCUUGACAUCAUGACUGACCACCUGAAGAAUGCAAAGGAAAGCGGCCGUGCCAUGGACUUGAACUCCUUCAAGUCGUCCUUCCUGAAAGACUUUGCGGCAUCCUUGGAAGGAUUCAAGGCUAAGAUCGGCAACGAGAUCGAAGAACUGAUCCAGCAGAGGAACGAAGUCAAUGAGGACAUCAAGAACCUCAUCAUGAUGAAGGACAAGGGUUACAUGGAGUUUGAGUCUUUGAGCUCCAAGAACAGCCAGCUCGCCGAGCUGAACAACCAGCUGGUGCACAACAUCCAGGAUCUUUACAAGGCCAACCGCGUGCCCGGAGGUUCGUUUGAAAUACAACGGUCUGCCAAUGGAUUAGGAAUUUACACUAACCACCACGCCAAAGAAAAAUCAGAUAUCACCAUCUCCGAGAUCCAGAAGGCUGUGCAGAACGAGAACUCGAUGCAGAACCUUGUCCCUGACCAGGAAGAGCCGACCGUUCUCGCUGCGCCUAAGGUUGUCGACAUCCGCAAGACCAAGGCUAACAAGUUCAACUGGAAGAAGGGUGGCCAGGCUGUCGCCAAGAACGUCACCAAGGGUCUCAAAGGCGCCUUCUCCGCGCCCCAAAAUGAGCGUGAAGGCGGCGGCGGCGGCGGUGCUCAGUUCACGAUUGGUGGCGCUCCGUAUGGAGCCCUUCCAUCCUCUCAGCAGCAGCCCACCGCGAUCAGCGGUCCUAAGCAGAUCAACAACCCCGGUGGAUUUGGCUUCUUUGGAGGCGGGCAAAAGGUCGGAGGUCCAAGGGGUCCCGAGCAGCCCACCAAGCCUACGCAUAUCCCCAACAAUAGCACUGCCAACAUCUCUGCUGCUGAGGGCCUGUUUGGUUCUGAUCUUUCUGAGCGCUGCGAGUUCGAGAAGAGCACGAUACCUAGCAUCGUCCGCCGCUGUAUUCAGGAGGUUGAACUCAGAGGUGUCGACGUCGAAGGUAUCUACCGCAAGAGCGGUGGCUCCGGUCAAGUCAACCAGGUCAAGAAUGGCUUCGAAAAGGAAGCGGAGUACGACAUUUCGGAUCCGGAUCUCGAUAUCCAUGCGGUUACUUCGGCUCUCAAGCAAUACUUCCGCCGCCUGCCCAACCCGCUCAUCACGUUUGGCGUGUAUGAUGAGCUGCUUGCGGCUGGUCAGCAGCCGGACCUCGACAUUAAGAUUGUCACUAUGCGUCAUGCUAUUGACAACCUGCCUAUUCACCACCGUGACUGCUUGGAGUUCUUGGUUUUCCAUCUUGCCCGUGUCAUGGCACACGAGGGUGACAACAAGAUGACAUCCCUCAACCUUGCCGUCGUGUUCGCGCCCACGAUCAUGCGGCCCGAGUCCAUCGAGCGCGAGAUGACGGACAUGGGCCCGCAACGCAACGCCAUCCAGGCAUUGCUGGAGCACAACAAAACGAUAUUCGCGCCGGAGCUGGACCCCGUCCAAGUAUGA